AAAAAACCAUCCAUACAAUACAAAUACACACCGUUUCUGUGCAAGCCACUCCCUCCACUUCCACCACAAUUCCGCACGCAACUCAUCAGUUUCGCGCUCUACUCGGACUUUCGUCGAACACAACAAGGACUUCCAUUACUGCGUAGCUUCUUCGCUCUUAGCCACAGAAACAAUGGCUUCCGCACUCGAUGCCGCCACCGAGAAGCUAUCGAACCUCGGCAUCGACGCUUCCCCUCCGAAUCUUCAGAAGAAUCUCCACCUUCUGACCGCCGAACAGAUUGAGUUGGCGAAGAUCCUGUUGGAAACGGGACAGAGUCAUUUGUUUGAGCAUUGGGCGGAGCCUGGUGAUGAUGAUGAGGAAAAGAAAGCUUUUUUGGAUCAGGUGACUCGGCUUAAUUCAAGCUAUCCAGGGGGUUUGGCAUCAUAUAUCAAAACUGCUAGAGAACUCUUAGCCGAUUCAAAAGAUGGAAAGAACCCAUUUGACGGCUUCACACCUUCUGUUCCAACAGGUGAAACAUUGACUUUUGGUGAUGACAGCUUUAUCAGUUUUGAGGAGGCAGGUGUUAAAGAAGCUCGGAAAGCUGCAUUUGUUCUUGUUGCCGGUGGGCUUGGGGAACGUCUGGGAUACAAUGGGAUUAAGUUGGCUCUUCCAAGAGAAACCACAACAGGAACAUGCUUUUUACAGUAUUAUAUUGAAUCAAUUCUGGCUCUUCAAGAUGCUAACUCUAAACUUGCACCACCAGGUGAAUCCCAAACAAAAAUUCCUCUGGUUAUAAUGACAUCGGAUGAUACACAUUCUCGUACACUAGAGCUUUUAGAGUCAAAUUCUUAUUUCGGAAUGGAACCUACUCAAGUCAAACUUCUAAAGCAGGAAAAAGUAGCAUGCUUAGAUGAUAAUGAUGCCAGGCUUGCAGUGGACCCACGUAACAAGUACAGGAUUCAGACCAAACCUCACGGGCAUGGUGAUGUGCAUUCACUACUCUACUCUAGCGGCCUUCUAAAUAUUUGGCGUGAGGCUGGUUUGAGAUGGGUUCUGUUCUUCCAAGAUACUAAUGGACUUCUAUUCAAUGGAAUCCCAGCGGCAUUGGGUGUCAGUUUUACCAGACAAUACCAUGUUAACUCCCUAGCUGUGCCACGGAAAGCAAAAGAUGCAAUUGGAGGAAUUACCCGACUUACUCAUGCUGAUGGGAGGACGAUGGUGAUCAAUGUGGAGUACAACCAGCUUGAUCCACUGCUUAGAGCAACUGGGUAUCCAGACGGUGAUGCCAAUUCUGAGACUGGCUAUUCUCCAUUCCCUGGGAAUAUCAACCAAUUAAUUUUGGAACUUGGUCCAUACAUUGAGGAGCUCACAAAAACAGGAGGUUCCAUAAAGGAGUUUGUAAACCCAAAAUACAAAGAUGCUAGCAAGACUUCAUUUAAGUCCUCGACUCGGUUAGAGUGUAUGAUGCAAGACUAUCCAAAAACUUUACCUCCAACUGCUAGGGUGGGAUUCACAGUAAUGGAACCAUGGCUUGCUUAUGCACCUGUGAAGAACAACCCUGAGGAUGCUGCUAAGGUACCAAAGGGAAAUCCAUAUCAUAGUGCAACUUCUGGAGAAAUGUUAGUUUAUCGUGCAAACAGCCUCAUUCUCAGAAAGGCCGGAGUCCAAGUUGCUGAUCCAGAACAACAGGUGUUCAACGGCCAAGAAGUAGAAUUGUGGCCUCGUAUCACAUGGAAACCAAAAUGGGCUAUCACUUUUACAGGCGUAAAAAGCAAAGUCAGUGGAAGUUGCUCAAUUUCUCAGAGAUCCACAUUGGUUAUUAAGGGUCGCAACGUCUUUAUAAACGAUCUCUCCUUGGACGGGGCUCUUAUUAUUGAUCCUGCUGAUGAUGCAGAGGUAAAAGUGGAAGGUUCAGUUCAGAACAAGGGCUGGGUCCUCGAACCUGUCGAUUACAAAGAUACUUCGGUACCUGAGGAACUGAGGAUAAGGGGUUUCAGAAUCAACAAGAUUGAACAGCUGGAGAAGAACUAAACUAGUGUUAUUGUGAUCAUGGCAUGGAGAGCCUUGAAGCCUUGAAGGUGAUACUUCUUCAUAGCCUGAAUUUUUAUUUUUUAUUUUUAUUUUUGUUUAUUUCCUUUUCCCUUUGUAAUUUGUCAUUACCAAAUUGAAAUGCAAUAUAUUUUUCUACAAAUAAUUAGUUUG